AUGAUUGAAGUCACAGAGUUGAUGAGGGCGAAGCCAAAGAUUCAGCCUACCAAGGAGAACCGUGAUGAACCUAGCAAGCGGACCACUUUCUUCGGCGGUGAUGGCCUAGCUGCCUACACCGUGGAUCCAGCUUCCUUCCCGCAAAGUCGAGUGAUUUACUAUAAUGACAAGUUCACUGUCAUCAACGACCUCUACCCGAAAGCAUCCGUACAUGUCUUAAUUCUCCCCCGAGAUCCGGCAAACAACGUGCAGCGCGGACAAGAGGCAUUUGAGGAUCCUCAAUUCCUAGAGGAUUGCCGACAGGAGGAGCAAAAGGUUCGGCAGAUGGUUGCAGAGGAGUUGCGACGACGCUUCGGUAAAUUUUCGAGGUCCGAGCAAGCACGCAUACAGGCUAUGGAGUCGGACGACCCUCCUGCAGAACUUCCACCGGGUCGAGACUGGGCCAAGGAAGUGAUAUCCGGCACCCAUGCCAAUCCAUCCAUGAAUCACCUCCACAUACAUGUGCUUAGCCGUGACAUGGUCAGUGACCCCAUGAAGAAGCCCAACCACUACCUAUCUUUCACCACAGACUUCUUCAUUGGCCUCGAUCAGUAUCCGCUCCCUGCGGAUGACCACAGAAGGAAUUACAACCAUUUCCCGGAAGAUAUGUGUUGUUGGAGAUGCGGUAAAAACUUUGGUAGGAAAAUGGCGAAACUGAAAGAGCAUCUCGCGGAAGAAUUCGAGGAAUGGAAGAAUGAAUGA